GUAGCGUGGCCGCGCGGGUCCGCGCAUCUGCUGAGCACGCGCGCCAGUGUGUGUCGCGCGCAGGCUAGUUGGGCAGCGGGAGACGCGCAGUAUCUGUGCGAGUCAGGGCGGGCGGGAGCUGGUGUCGGAGGAGCCUGGAGAGCGACCUCCCUGCCAGUACUUCCGAGCGAGCGGCUGCGGCAGCGGGGAGUGAGCUGAGGGAUGCGCCGCGUCCGCAACACCCAGUGUUGAUGUCAUGACGGCAUACUGGACUGUUCUAAAGAUGCACUGCAGGUACUGAUGGGAAGGGGAUCAAUAUGAAUGUAAAUGAUGUUGGAGGAAGACGACGCUUUGAGGACAGUGAGUUUACACUACACGUAUAUCCUGGGAGCAUUGCUGAAGGAACUAUCUAUUGCCCUAUUACCGCCAGAAAAACAUCAACAGCUGCUGAGGUAAUAGACGCUCUCAUUAAUAAACUCCAACUAGACAAAACAAAAUGUUAUGUCCUAGCAGAGGUGAAGGAGUUUGGUGGGGAGGAAUGGAUUCUCAACCCUACAGACUGCCCUGUCCAACGCAUGAUGUUGUGGCCCCGCAUGGCCCUGGAGAACCGAUUGAGUGGGGAAGACUAUCGUUUCCUUCUGAGGGAGAAGAAUCUAGAUGGGUCUAUUCAUUAUGGGAGUCUACAGUCCUGGUUACAAGUGACAGAAGAGCGUCGCAGGAUGAUGGAACGUGGAUUCCUUCCUCAGCCACAGCAGAAGGACUAUGAUGAUUUGUGCAGUUUACCAGAUUUAAAUGAGAAAACACUCUUGGAAAAUCUCAGAAACCGCUUUAAGCAGGAAAAAAUUUAUACCUAUGUAGGCAGCAUUCUGAUAGUCAUUAAUCCAUUCAAAUUUCUCCCCAUUUACAAUCCUAAGUAUGUCAAAAUGUAUGAUAAUCAUCAGCUGGGAAAGCUGGAGCCCCAUAUUUAUGCUGUGGCUGAUGUGGCCUACCAUGCUAUGCUUCAGCGCAGGAAGAACCAGUGCAUUGUGAUUUCAGGAGAAAGUGGGUCAGGCAAAACACAGAGCACAAACUUUCUGAUUCAUCACCUCACUGCUCUCAGCCAGAAGGGAUUUGUUAGUGGAGUAGAACAGAUUAUUCUCGGAGCUGGGCCAGUGCUUGAGGCUUUUGGAAAUGCAAAGACAGCGCAUAAUAACAACUCCAGUCGCUUUGGCAAGUUUAUUCAAGUGAAUUACCAGGAAACAGGCACUGUGCGAGGAGCUUAUGUUGAAAAGUAUUUACUGGAGAAAUCCAGGCUAGUCUAUCAGGAACACAAUGAACGGAACUACCAUGUAUUUUAUUACCUUCUGGCAGGAGCAAGUGAGGAAGAAAGAUCAGCAUUCCAUCUUAAACAACCCGAGGAGUAUCAUUACCUCAAUCAGAUGACAAAGAAACGCAUCAGACAGAGCUGGGAUGAUUAUUACUAUGACUCUGAGCCGGAUUGUUUCUCUGUUGAAGGGGAAGACCUGAAGCAUGAUUUUGAGCGCUUACAACUGGCCAUGGAGAUGGUGGGAUUUCUUCCCAAGACUCGCGGACAAAUUUUCUCUCUCUUAUCUGCAAUACUACACUUGGGUAACAUCUGUUACAAAAAGAAAACAUACCGGGAUGAUUCUAUAGAUAUUUGUAACCCUGAAGUACUACCUAUUGUCUCAGAAUUGCUGGAGGUAAAAGAAGAGAUGCUGUUUGAAGCCCUGGUUACCAGAAAGACAGUGACGGUGGGAGAGAAGCUUAUUUUACCAUACAAACUUGCAGAGGCCGUGACUGUGCGGAAUUCCAUGGCUAAAUCAUUGUACAGUGCCCUGUUUGAUUGGAUAGUUUUUCGAAUUAAUCAUGCACUUUUGAAUACAAAGGAUGUGGAGGAAAGCACUAAGACUUUGUCCAUUGGAGUACUUGAUAUCUUUGGGUUUGAAGAUUAUGAAAAUAACAGCUUUGAACAAUUCUGCAUUAACUUUGCUAAUGAACGCUUACAGCACUACUUUAACCAACACAUCUUUAAACUAGAGCAGGAGGAGUAUAGAGCAGAAGGCAUCAGCUGGCACAACAUAGACUAUAUAGAUAACUCUGGCUGUAUAAAUCUUAUCAGCAAGAAACCAACAGGACUGCUCCACCUGCUGGAUGAAGAAAGCAAUUUUCCACAAGCCACAAACCAAACACUACUGGACAAGUUUAAGCGUCAGCAUGAGGGGAAUUCUUACAUUGAAUUUCCAGCCGUGAUGGAGCCGGCUUUUAUCAUAAAUCACUAUGCUGGAAAAGUGAAAUACGGAGUGAAGGAUUUCCGGGAGAAAAACACAGAUCAUGUGCGGCCAGACAUUGUAGCUCUCCUAAGAAGCAGCAAGAACGCCUUUAUCUGUGGGAUGAUAGGGAUUGAUCCAGUGGCUGUAUUCCGCUGGGCAGUCCUCAGAGCUUUUUUCAGGGCUAUGGUUGGUUUUAGGGAGGCUGGAAAACGAUACACUGAGAAGAAAACUGGGCAUGAUGAUGCAGUGCCAUGUGCGGUUUUGAAAAGUGUGGAUAGUUUUAGCUUUCUACAUCACCCAGUCCAUCAGAGGAGCUUAGAGAUCCUGCAGAGAUGCAAGGAGGAGAAGUACAGUAUUACUCGGAAAAGCCCAAGAACGCCCCUUUCAGAUCUUCAGGGAGUUAACACCAUCAAUGAGAAAACCCAGCGUGAUACCUAUGGAGUUGGCUGGACUGGCAGGAUGGGAAUCCGACAAGGCCGACUCUCUAGUCCUAGCUCCUUCCUAGACAAAGAUGGAAUAUUUGUUAAUUCGACCAACAGCAAGCUGCUGGAGAGGGCCCAUGGCAUUCUCAUGAGAAACAAGAACUUCAAAGUCAAACCCAAUCUCCCAAAGCACUUGUUGGAGGUGAAAUCUCUCAAGCACCUAACUAACCUGACACUGCACGAUCGCAUUACAAAGUCUCUUCUCCACCUCCAUAAGAAGAAGAAACCACCCAGCAUCAGUGCACAAUUCCAGGCAUCCCUCAACAAGUUGAUGGAGACUCUUGGUCAAGCGGAGCCUUAUUUUGUCAAGUGCAUUCGAUCUAAUGCUGAAAAGCUCCCUCUGAGGUUCAGUGACAGCCUGGUGCUUAGGCAGCUGCGAUAUACAGGAAUGCUGGAAACAGUUCGAAUUCGGCAGUCUGGGUACAGCUGCAAAUAUUCCUUCCAGGACUUUGUGGACCAUUUCCAUGUUCUGCUGUCACGAGGAAUCAGCCCAUCUAAGCACAACAUCCAUGAUUUCUUCAGGAAAAUAAAGCUCAGUCCAGACAAUUAUCAAGUUGGGAGAACAAUGGUUUUCAUGAAGGAGCGGGAGCGCCAGCUUUUGCAGGAUUUGCUGCACCAGGAGGUGCUCCGGAGGAUUACUCUGCUGCAGCGUUGGUUCCGCGCUAUACUGGAGAGAAGGCACUUCUUGAACUUGAGGCAGGCAGCAGUGAUCGUACAGAAGUACUGGCGCAGUUAUCAGAGUAGAAAGCAAGCUGAAGACUCCCUAGUUGAUACUCUCCCUUUCAGCAAUGCAGCACUCGUUCUCCAGGCCCACUGGCGAGGUUUUGUGGAGAGGCGAAGAUUUCUGCAGAUGCGGGAUGCAGCCUUCAUCAUCCAGAACUAUUGGCAGGAAUGCUCUAGGCGUAGGCAUGCCGCAGCCAUGUGCAUACAAGGAGGCUGGCGAGGAUACUGCGCAAAGAGACUCUACAAGGCCAAAAGAAAUAAAAUCAUCCUAUUGCAAGCAGCAUGCAGAGGUUACAUAGCACGGCAAAGAUUUAAAGCUUUAAAAGAGCAGAGAUUAAAAGACAGACAGCUGGAGAAUGGAGUGUCAAUCAGAGAAGAGGAUAGACUGGAGGCAGAUGAUGCUAUGAAAAUUAGGGGCUCAGACCCAUCUAAGUGGGAGGAUGGAUCGUUUGAACAGCGGGUGAGAGCUGUAGAGGAACAUAAAUCAGUAAUAGAGAAUAGUCGGGUGAAUCAUGCUGAUCCAGUAGACAGUUCUGGAGACUUACUGUACAAAAGACACGAGAGAGCCAGCAGCCAAAGUGGCAUGGACAUUGAAGAGGAAGUAGUUGUGAAGGAGAGGCCGAAAUCACUGGAGGAUCUCAAUCAGAAAAAAGUGGUCCGGGCAAAAAGAGAAAGCCGGAGAAUGCGUGAAUUGGAACAAGCAAUAUUUAGCUUGGAAUUGCUUAAGGUCCGAUCCACUGGCGGGGUGUCUCCCUCAGAGGAGCGUCGGUGGUCCACAGAGCUUGUGUCAGAGGUCCUUCAUUCUCCACAGGGUACCCCAGAGAGUGAAAGCUCUCAGGGGAGCUUAGAAGUGUUAAGCUGUGAGGAUACUCAGAAGAAUAAACUUGAUUCUCCAGUUUUAGAAGAGCAAGACAUGCAGUCUGUCUCCACUGAGACCCAGGACUCUUUACCUCACAGUCCUAAGCCUGAUUUGCAGGACACAACCUUCUUCUCAGCAGAUGUGAACAGCAACUUAUCUAACAGAAAAAGGACACCAUCAAGUUCUGAGUUAUCAGAGAGUCCUGCUACUAAGGAGCAGAUGGUCUGUGAUACCCAGAAUGUUAUCUACAAAAUGCAUCCAAGAGAGACCUUCAUUUCUAGCAAUCUGCCUACUUUCUACAUUCCACCACAGGACACCCAGAAAGCAUAUCAGUCACUGGUGGAGAAUAACUUGAAGAACAAACUAAUGGAAAAGGAAGGAAGACCAGGUACUUUUCCUGAGGUUCAGAAAGAUACAGAACCAGGCAGGCAGGGCCAGGGCAAAGCCUUGGACAAAGAGAGAGGAGAAAACCCUCCUGUCAAGCAAGAGGAAAGCCUGCCUGCUCUUGCAUCAGAUACACAUUCUUCAGACUCUGUUAUCAGGAGACUUGAGAAGCUGAAUGUGGAGAAGGAGGAGCGACAAAAGCAGCUGCAGCAGCAAAAUGAGAGGGAGAUGAUGGAGCAGAUCCGCCAGCAGAAGGAAAUUCUGGAGAAACAACGCAAAGUUUUUGAGCAGUUCGAGAGACAAGGGAGGGGAGAGGCCUUGCAAAGGACUGAGCACAGCAGAAUCAAGGAUCCCUCACAAGGAGUGUCUCACAGACCCCCAAAGAAAACAGACAACAGGCCUCAAUCUCUCCUCAUCCUGAAUCCCCAGAGCAAAGGGGAAAAUUGCCAGACUGUGAAUACAACACCAGCCUCAUCAGUGGAUAUUAAAGGGCUCACUGUUGCAAAAAAAGGGAGCCCCCCAGCCCACGUAGCACAAAAGGACAGGCCUGUCAGCAUGUUCCUGGAACGAAAAGAAGGUCAACCUGGAAUGACACAGGAAUCAACCAGAACAGAUCGGUGGAAUUCAAAACUGGCUGUAGAAUCUGGGGACUUCUCUAGCAGCCACGCUGCAAGGACAGAGCGCCUCAGGCAACCCCGAAUUCCCAGCCAGAGCACUGACGCCUCUUCUAGUGAGCCACGGGCUAGUGCUAUUUUCUUCACACCAAAAGACAGUCAUUUCCUUUUCAACAAGGAAUCUUCAAAUCAUCAAAUCCUUUCGAAAGAUGAACCACCUAGAAAGCCACUAAAGUUCCCUGGGCCAGGCAGAGGGGGGGUUGCCAGACCGGCCCAUAAAAAGAAAGCCCGCAUGGCGCGGACGCGCUCCGAUUUCUUGACUAGAGGUACUUUUGCUGAUGGGGAGGGUGAUACAGAGGAAGAUGAUUACGAUGACGAUUUUGAGUUUCUUCUCUCCCCUGACCAACCUCCUCACCUUGAGCCAGGGCCUACAGCCAGACUUGGGCAGGCCUGUUACAGUGACUCUGAAAUGACAUUGCAGCGUUUCACAUCAAGUGAAGGCCAAACAAAGCUUCAUAAAACAAUGUCUCAGGGUGAGAUUGGGAAGCUGGCAACUGUUCAGAAGAAUCUGCCUGCCGACGGAAGGCCUCAGAGAGCCAAGAUGAGAUUCUGGGUGAAAGGGAAACAGGGAGACAAGAAAACACCCAGAGAGAAGCUUACGACCCAGUCUGAGCUGCUUGAGCUAUAUACAGAGCAAGAGGAACCAAACGUAGAGGUGACUCCUGGCCUCCAGCUUGGUGAAGAGUUGGGUCCACAUCACCUGACACCCCCAAGGAGUCCAGAGCUGUCAGGCAUCUAUAGAAGGGAAUUUAAGGAGAACAAGGAGCCAUCUCCCAAAGUGAAGCGUAAGCGCAGCGUGAAGAUCAGCAGCUUGGCACUGGAGCCUGUACAGUGGCAGAAUGACUCUCUGCAGAUCAUAACCAGUGCUGGUGACUUGAAAAGUAUGGAUGAGUUUCUCCUGAAAAAGAUGAAUGAUCUGGAUAAUGAAGACAGUAAGAAGGACACACUUGUGGAUGUGGUGUUUAAGAAAGCAUUAAAAGAAUUCCGGCAAAACAUCUUUAGCUUUUACUCAUCAGCUUUGGCGAUGGAUGAUGGGAAGAGCAUCCGGUAUAAAGACCUGUAUGCCCUGUUCGAGCAGAUUCUGGAGAAAACCAUGAGGCAAGAGCAGAGGGAUUGGAGUGAAUCACCCGUCAAAGUUUGGGUCAACACCUUUAAAGUAUUCCUUGAUGAGUAUAUGACAGAAUACAAACCUCUGGAUUACACUGCUGGAAAGGUGCCAAAAACAGAGAGAAAAAAGAGAAGAAAAAAAGAAGCAGAUGUGGUGGAAGAGCAUAAUGGUCACAUCUUUAAGGCAACUCAGUACAGCAUCCCCACAUACUGCGAGUACUGCUCCUCCUUGAUCUGGAUAAUGGACAGGGCUUCUGUUUGUAAAUUAUGUAAGUAUGCUUGUCACAAGAAGUGCUGUCUUAAAACCACAACCAAGUGCUCCAAAAAGUAUGAUCCCGAGCUUUCGUCACGGCAGUUUGGGGUUGAGCUCUCCCGACUGACCAAUGAGGAGCGAGCGGUGCCACUGGUGGUGGAGAAGCUCAUAAACUACAUUGAAAUGCAUGGAUUGUACACCGAGGGCAUUUACAGGAAGUCAGGCUCAACCAAUAAGAUAAAGGAGCUCCGACAGGGUCUUGACACAGAUAUUGACAACGUAAAUCUAGAUGACUACAAUAUUCAUGUCAUUGCCAGCGUGUUCAAACAGUGGCUGAGAGAUUUGCCGAAUCCUCUCAUGACCUUCGAACUCUACGAGGAAUUUCUGCGAGCUAUGGGCCUGCAGGAGAGGAAGGAGACCAUCCGAGGCGUGUACUCUGUCAUUGAUCAGCUCUCUCGCACCCACCUCAGUACCCUGGAACGCCUCAUCUUUCACCUUGUGAGGAUUGCCCUACAGGAAGAGACCAAUCGAAUGUCAGCUAAUGCCCUGGCCAUUGUGUUUGCUCCCUGUAUUCUCCGCUGUCCUGACACAACUGACCCACUGCAGAGCGUUCAGGACAUCAGUAAAACAACCACCUGUGUGGAGUUGAUUGUCAUAGAGCAGAUGAAUAAAUACAGGGCUCGUCUCAAGGACAUCAACAGCCUGGAGUUUGCUGAAAACAAAGCAAAAAGCAGGCUGUCUUUGAUCCGCAGAUCAAUGAAACCUGUACUAAUUGCAGUUAGAUUUAUGAGCAUAACCCGCAAUUCAAUCCCGGGCAAAGGACGUCUAAGGCGUGGAACUUUCCCAAGUCCAACAUCUCCUGUUUCAGUGCGAUUACCCUCCGUGUCUGAUGUUUCUGAGGAGACCGUGAGUAGUGAGGAGGCAAUGGAGAUGGAUGUCACUGAUCAGCAGCAGGCAGCUAUGCAGCAAGAGGAGAGGGUGCUGACUGAGCAGAUCGAGAGCUUGCAGAAGGAAAAGGAGGAGCUGACUUUUGAGAUGCUUGCACUGGAGCCCCGAGCCUCUGAUGACGAAACCCUCGAGUCUGAAGCUUCCAUUGGCACUGCGGAUAGCUCAGAAAAUUUGAACUUUGACUCUGAAGGGGCUAUGUCUGAUCGAUCGGAGAGAAGUUUAGCACUUAGUUCGCUGAGGCCUGUCAAGAUUGAAUCCACAAGCAGGUUGCGAAGGCAACUGAGGAAGCAGCAAGACUCUCUGGACUCAGUGGAUUCUUCGGUUUCUUCUCCGUCUUCAUCCUCCUCAUCCUGCUUACCUCACAUGACUAGGAAACGAUUCCAAAUGUACUCCAAGUCGCCCUUCUAUCGAGUAGUUGCUCCUGGCAAUAUCACUGAGCAGAGGCUGGGACUUGAAGGGUUACCAGGGCAGCUUAGGGGUCUGGAUGACAGGCCCCAGUUCACCAGCAGAGGGACGUUCAGCCCUGAGAAAGGCAAACAGAAACUGAAGAAUGUGAAAAACUCACCCCAGAAAACCAAAGAGCUCCCAGAGGGGGCAGCUGGGGCAGGCCGGAAAAGAAACACUGAAGCAGACUGCAGCAGCACCCAGCAGCUGGUGCUUUUUGGGAACAAUGAGUUCAUGGUGUGAACCAGUUGCCCAAAAUCUCCUCAUUGCUGCAGACGAGUGAUAGCAUCUCACCUUUGGUAUCUUCCCCCUCAUCAUCACCGCCGCCACCACCACCAUUGUAGAGUUACUGCCAGCUGCCCAUGCAAAGCAUUUAUUCACUAAUUGCUUGGGCUUCCAACCUUGCAUUGCCAGUGCUACAGGGAGCAGAAGACUAACUCUUAACAAAAGCCUGUUGGGGACAGUUUCAGCAGUGGCCUUAGCUCUUUUUAAUAUUUUGGAACUCAAAACCUGCCAGGUUUUUCUGACUGGGGACUCAGAACAAAAGAAAAUAGAUUGGGGCAAGAAUUGCUAGUGAGCUCUGUUAUACUUCCCGUCAGCCCCUGGCUUUCUCUUUCUGAGCAGAGGAAAUGGGGAGAGGGAAAAUCAAGCCACCAGGUAAUGCCAACAGGAUCUUGGAGUUUGGGGAGCUGGUCCACGCCUGUCUUGACCUUGAUGUGAAAGCUGCAGACUGUGUGUUUGUGCUGGGAUGAAGCAUAAACUCCUCCUUACAAGGAACCACAGCAAAGAGUAGACCAAGCCCUUUGUUCAGAGCCAUUUAUAAUGCACUCCAUGUUGUUGUCAGGUGAUAAUAAAAAGCUAUCAUUUCCAUUCAAGCAAUCAGAGCAUGUCUCAAAACUCCCACCACACAGACCUGCAAUGAAAAGAGAGUGAUUUUUAUUUUUGUUGUUGUUGAUAUGUCAGGAAAACUAAUGCCAGUUUCACUCCUGGUUAGUUCAAGCCAAAUACUUGUGCCGAAUUUUCAAUAGCCAUAACUAAUCCUGUGAUCGAGGCACAAAGAAGCAUUUCUAAAAAACAAAGGAGCCUUUAGAAAUAUAAACCUAAAACAUUAUGACCACAUCACAACCCUGAAGUGCUGCCUACUUGUAUACACUGACCAAGUAAACAAUGGUUAACAGUCCCAGUGAAGAACAGGAACUUCUCAGCCAAGCAGCAAACUCAUGCAGACAAAACAGCACUAUUUUAAUUGCAGUGUUAAAUCAAAAGGAAAUGCAUGGAAAAGUGUUAAGGAAAAUUUUCCCAAAGUAAUCUGUUUUUAAAAUGUGACCUUAACCAACUUUCUCCCCUUUUCUCAGAUCAUCAGUAUUAAAAGCAAAAAGAAAAAAAAUCAAGGACUACUUUUUGUUAAUAUUCUGGUUACUGAAGUUCACUGUAUAUAUAUUUUAAAGGUUUUUAUCCCCCCCCCCCGUAGAUGGAACAUUUUUGCCAGGAAAAGAAAGGGAGAAGUGAGGGAAGGUAGAAUAGCCCCUAAGAUUAUUGCAGGGAAAGAAAUGGCACCAUUUUUCACCAUAGUGCAUCACCAUUCACCAUGUCUCAGCUCACUGAACAUUUUGUGAGAUUAACAACCUGCCUAAACUGCUUAGAACACGUGAGAAGCUGAUGCAUGUGCACCUCUCACUGUAAAUGUGACACCUUUUGUCAAGGCAAGUAUGUGACAAAGUAUUUUUAAAAAGUUCUCACUAGAUCUCUUUAGAGUAAGACGAGUAGUGUCAUUCUGUCAGAUCAAGGCUAGAUUUGUUAUUCAUGAUGUCAUCCUGUGACUUGCCACCAGCACAGAUGUUGCUGUAACACUUUUAAAAAGCAGAUUUGUAGGAAUCUAAUUAUUAAGCUUAGUGGCAGUAGUCCAGGAGGUCACUUAGUGACUUGGAACUUUAUGGGGAUGUCCCUACAUGUUAGUCUGCAUCCACAGUCACAUGGACGAAGACCAGCAAUCCCAAAGUAUCAUUCAGAGAAAUUACAGAUGCCAGGCCAUUUCCCUAAGCAGCCAGGAAUUUGCUGAUGCUGAGACGAGGAGUUGAUUAGAAGGGGCUUCAGGACCUUAGUUAGAAUAAUUAGCUGAAUAACUGCUGGAUUGGACGUGCCAGUUAACCUGCUAGUUCUGUCCUGGGUAAUGUUCUGAAGCCAAAUGUGGUUGUAACCUUGAUCCUCCUAAUCAGAAAUAGCAGCACUGGUUUGUGUGCCUGACCUUUCUCUCUCUAGCAUCCAAGAGUAAUGGGAAAAGAUAUUUGCAUUUCAUAAUAUUGCUGGAUAAUGGUUUUGUUAUUUUACCUCCAUAAUAUGGAACUAGAAGUAUGAUGCAACUCCCAGUA